GGUGGGGGGGGCGGCUGUCCGGCGGAGAGACGCUGCUGUUUGUUGUCGGUGGCUGGUCCCCUCCAGGAAGACACUUCCGGAACGCUACUUUCAAAAUAAAAGAGCAAUCACGACAUGUUUCCUACAGCACCUGAACGCAGCACCAGGUCGGUUUCCACGGUAACGGCUAACAAACGGAAGAAGAUGGUUCACAUCACAGAGGAGAUGGUGCGGCGGCGAGCUGAGCACAACGACUGUGAGAUCUUCUCUCUGGAGGAGGUUUCUCUGCAUCAGCAGGACAUCGAGAGGAUCGAGCACCUGGACAGGUGGUGCAGGGACCUGAGGAUCCUCUACCUGCAGAACAACCUGGUCUCCAGGAUGGAGAAUCUCAGUCGCCUGAAGAAACUGGAGUAUUUGAAUUUGGCUUUGAACAACAUUGAAGUCAUUGAAAACCUCGAAGGCUGCGAGAGCCUCCAGAAGUUGGACUUGACGGUGAACUUCAUCGGCUGUUUGAGCAGCGCGGAGUCUUUGAGACACAACAUCCACCUCAGGGAGCUGUUUCUGGUCGGGAACCCCUGCACCGAGUUCGAGGGCUACAGACAGUUCCUGGUUUCCUCUCUGCCACAACUCAAGUCUCUGGACGGGACGGAGAUCAGCCGAUCGGAGAGGAUUCGAUCCUCACAGGGACUGAAGGAGGUGAAGAGACGAGUGUUAGAGCAGGAGAAAGAAUUCCUGAGGAGGAGAGCCGAGGAGAAGGAGGAGGUGCAGAGGAAGGCUGCAAGAGAGGAGAAAGGAAACAAGGAGAGGAGAGGAGGUUUCGACGGCAGCUCGAACACCAACACAGGAACGAGGAGGCAGGAGGUGGAGGAGAACGAGGAGAGCCAGGAGGUGGAGGAGAACGAGGAGAGCCAGGAGGUGGAGGAGAACACAAAGCAGCGGGCGACGAUCCCCGACCUGGAUGAGGAGCAGCAGGAGAAGGAGUUCUGGCACACGCCGUGUUCGUUCACCCCCGAGUCUCGCCUGGAGACUCAUCGCCACCUGGAGGAGAAGAGGAGGGCGAAGGAGAAGGUGAAGGAGAAGCAGCCGAAGGCCUCGAGGACCCUGAUCACCGCUGAUGGACGAGUCAUGAACGUCAACGAGCCAAAGCUGGAUUUCUGUCUAACUGAAGACGAACAGAGCAACACUGUCGUCUUAGACCUGGCUGUGUACAGACACAUGGACACCUCCCUCGUGGACGUGGAUGUUCAGCCGACGUACGUCAGAGUCAGCGUCAGAGGAAAGAUAUUUCAGAUGGUUCUGCCUGCUGAAGUGAGGCCGGACAGCUCGACGGCUCAGAGGUCUCAAACCAGCGGACACCUGGUCCUCACCAUGCCCCGGGCUGAAGGUGAAAUCAAAGUGUCAAAGACCGUCCCACGUCCAGCCAGUGUGCGUCCACACAGAUGCAGCAGCUCGCCCCAGGACAAUAACAGAAACCCGGACUCUCCCGAGUGGCUGGACGUGGACCCCAGCAAGCGAACCGCCCUCGACCUCGGCAGCAUCGUGCCGGGCCACAGAACCAAACAAGGUCCAGUGGAAGCCUCCGGGGCGGCUCCGCCUGCGGCCGCCGCUCACUGCUGCUUCUCUGAAGGGUUUGUGGACGAUCCCGAGGUCCCCCCACUCAUAUAAGAUCAAAGAUGGAGGCAUCUGCUCACUGAGCUUCGCUCCUGUCGCCUGAAAUCAGACAGAAUUUGGUGAUUCGUCGGCCAAGUGGUGGCAGCGACUGGUGCAGUGGGAACUUGUGAUGUUUUCCAGAAAAGUUAGAAUUCUUCACUGUUUCAAACCAGAAAGCAACCGAUGUUUUAUUAAAUAAAAGAUAGACAACGUG